AAAUUCUUUUUCCCUUUUAAAUUCUCUACUUUCCUCUCUCCUUCAGGUUGAGAAUCACUUGUUCUUCUCUAUCACACACACCGACUUCAUAGGAGAGAUUUGCCGACUUUUAUCCAUUCAAUACAUACACACGCAUCUCCACGAUCUCUCUUUUUCUUCUUGAAGAAACCCCCAGAAAAAAUCGCAGUUCGAUCCCCCUCUUUUCGCCUCUUCUCAACCGCCAUUUUUGCCCCUUACAACUUAUAUCUUCACUAUCUCUAUUCAAUCGAUUCUAGUUAUCCCUGAAGAAAAAACCCCACAUCUAGAUUUAUAUUCUGAAACAAACAACACCCAUAAGAUCUGAUUUGUGUUCAAUCGAGAUUGGAUACUCCCGGCUGUUUUCUCACUCGCUUUGAAAAUCAAAUAAUGUCAGGGGUGAGAACUGCCGUUUGGGUAUUGUUCACGGGCCUGAUUUUUAUUAGGGCUGAAGUUGAAGGUCUGGGUGUGAACUGGGGGACGAUGGCGACGCAUAAGAUGGAUCCGAAAACGGUGGUUCAGAUGAUGAAAGACAACGGGAUUACUAAAGUGAAGCUGUUUGACGCCGAGCAAUCGACGAUGAGUGCACUCGCCGGCUCCGGCAUCGAAGUUAUGAUUGCUAUUCCGAACGAUCAGCUCCUCGCCAUGAAUGAUUACAGCCGAGCUAAGAAAUUCGUGCAGCGUAACGUCACGCGUUAUAACUUCAACGGCGGUGUUAAUAUCAAAUACGUCGCCGUCGGCAACGAGCCGUUUUUGACGGCAUACAACGGUUCGAAUCUGAAAACAACGUUCCCGGCGUUGCAGAAUAUCCAAAACGCCCUGAACGAAGCCGGCCAUGGCGACACCGUAAAAGCCACCGUACCCUCAAACGCCGAUGUCUACGGUUCUCCGACCGACAACCCAGUCCCUUCCGCCGGUAGGUUCCGACCAGACAUCAACGACCAAAUGGUCCAACUCGUCCAAUUUCUCGCCAAAAACAACGCUCCUUUCACCGUCAACAUCUACCCUUUCCUCAGCCUCUACGGCAACGACGAUUUUCCGGUGGACUACGCGUUCUUCGACGGCGCAAGCAAGCCAAUCGUCGACAACGGGAUUCAGUACACCAACGUGUUUGACGCAAACUACGACACCUUAGUUUCCGCUUUAAAAGCUGCAGGCUUUGGUGACAUGCCGAUCAUCGUCGGAGAAGUAGGGUGGCCCACCGACGGCGACAAAAACGCGAACAUAAACAUGGCGUAUCGUUUCUACAACGGUCUUCUCCCCCGUCUCGCCUCCAACAAAGGUACUCCACUCCGUCCCGGCGGAAUAGAAGUUUACCUUUUUGGGCUCAUCGACGAGGACGCUAAAAGCAUAGCUCCGGGAAGCUUCGAACGACACUGGGGGAUUUUCCGGUACGACGGUCAACCGAAGUUCGCCAUGGACAUCUCCGGCAGAGGUCAGAACUCGUUUCUAGUUCCGGCGCAAAACGUGAGGUAUCAAGAGAAGCGAUGGUGUCAAUUCAACCCAGAUGCUAAGGAUUUGAGCAAAUUGGGGGAGAAUAUCAAUUACGCUUGUACUUUUGCUGAUUGUACUCCACUUGGGUGCAAAAUCAAGAUGAAAUGGCGUGUAAUUUUCAAGGAAGGAAUGGAAAGAUUUUGGAAUAUGGUGAAUGUUUUGUUCGUAGGUGCGAUUGUGUUGAGCCUUUUUGGUUCACAUGUUGAAGGGUGGUUGGGUGUGAAUUGGGGUACAAAAGCUUACCACCAAUUACCACCAGAAAAAGUGGUUCAAAUGUUGAAAGAUAAUGAAAUUGAGAAGGUGAAGUUGUUCGAUGCUGAUGAAAACGUACUAAACGCCUUCGCAGAAACAAAUAUCGAGGUCAUGGUGGCCGUCAAGAAUUCCGAACUCGAGGAAUUGACCAAUAAGACCAAAGCCAAGCAUUGGGUCAAGGACAAUGUUGUCAAACAUAUCGAUCAUAAUGUCAAAAUAACGAUGGUAGCGGUUGGUAACGAGCCAUUUCGAGAGGACUAUGAGAAUAUGUAUAUCAACUCAACACUUUUGGCCCUAGAGAAUAUUCAAAGAGCCCUUGAUAAGUUGAGCUUAGGAGACAGGAUCAAGGCCUCAGUUCCAUUCAAUGAGGAUAUUUAUAUGACCCCACCAUGGAAGCCAUUUCCAUCUGCAGGGAUUUUCCGUCCUGAUAUUUCCGACCAAGUUGAAGAUAUAGCCGAUUUCCUAGCUAAGCAUAAUGCUCCAUUUAUUGUCAAUAUUUACCCGUUUAUGAGCGUUGCCUUGACAGAUGACAGUUUUCCAAGCGAUUUUGCUUUUUUUGACGGUAACGUUGGUAUCACAGAUGAUAACAUCGACUACACUAAUGUGUUCGAUGCGAGUUAUGACACUUGUGUGUCAGCUCUAAAACAAGCCGGUCAUGAGAACAUGACUAUUAUAGUUGGGGAGAUAGGUUGGCCCACAGAUGGAAACAUAUUGGCCAACAAAACCCUAGCUUCAAGAUUUUAUAAAGGGCUUUUACCACGAUUAGCAGCCAAAGAAGGGACGCCUUUGCGUCCUGGGCACAUUGAAGUGUACCUUUUCGAACUGCUUGAUGAAGAUGCAAAAAGCAUACUUCCCGGGAACUUCGAGCGACAUUGGGGUAUCUUUGACUAUGCAGGUCAACCGAAGUUCAAUAUGAGCUUAAAUGGAAAAGAUGAAAACAACACGUUGGUAGGAGUCAAAGACGUCGAAUAUCAAUCUAAGAAGUGGUGUGUUUUGAAGGCACAAAAGUCUUUGGACAAACACAAACUCCAUGAGAGCUUGUUGUAUGCUUGUGACAAUGCUGAUUGUAGUGCCUUUGCUGAAGGUGGAUCUUGUAGUGGUCUUAGUAGUCCUGAUAAAACAUCUUACGCCUUGAAUGCUUAUUUUCAAGCAUCAAACCAAACAAAAGAUAGUUGUGAUUUUGGAGGGUUGGCUACUGAAGUUGAGACUGAUCCCUCUAAGGGUUAUUGCAAGUUCAAUAUUCAGAUUGUGCCUUAUGAUCCUAAAGAUUCAUGGACAAGAUUCAAAUCAUGGUUCUCAUCGUCACACAUCACCCGUGCACCACCGGUUGCUUUCACAAGUUUGGCCCUUUUGGCCAUGGUUUCCUUGUUUUUCUUUUAGAGUUUGAAACGAUUUACUUAUUGAUUUAUUACACGAGCAAAAUAAACAAGAUAAUAAUUGUAAUGUUUUCCGGCUUGAUUAAUCUUUAGGUCCUUAUAUUUAUUAUUUCAUAAAAUAAUGUAGACAAGUUUAAUCGAUGUCUAUGUAAUUUUGUUUCUUUUGCAUAAAAUAAUGUAGACAAGUUUAAUCAAUGUCUAUGUAAUUUUGUUUCUUUAGGG